AGGGGAGGGAGACAAAAGGGUUCAACUCGUCACUGCCCGUUGCCUUUUUGCAGCCUCCAAAAUACUUAGGACUCAGUAUCUUGCUCUUCCACUUCUUCCGAGCCUUCAAGCAGAGAGAGAAGGGGAGAGAGACUCAAUUUUUAGUGAGAGAAAGAGAGAGAGAAGGAGAGAGAGAAAGAAUGUCUUUAACGUCUGUGAAAAUGUCGGAGGACGUCUGGCUGACGUGCCUCACUCACGCAUUGUCCACCGAGACGGAGGAGAUCAUGGGCCUCCUGCUUGGUGACAUCGAGAACUCUGUAAAUGGCGGUGUGACAGCACUAAUUUGGGGAGCAUCACCUCAGACACGAUCUGAUCGGAGGAAGGAUCGUGUGGAGACUAAUCCUGAGCAGUUGGCUGCUGCAUCAGCCCAGGCCGAAAGAAUGACACUGUCAACUGGAAGAACAACUAGAGUGAUUGGGUGGUACCAUUCACAUCCUCAUAUUACAGUUCUUCCAUCUCAUGUUGACGUGCGGACGCAGGCAAUGUAUCAACUUCUAGAUUCUGGGUUUAUCGGGCUCAUAUUUUCCUGCUUUAGUGAAGAUAUAAACAAGGUUGGGCGAAUCCAAGUCAUUGCUUUUCAGUCCUCGGAUGGGAAACAGCAUCACAUGUCAAGACCUAUAUCUUUAUCUCCUGUACAUAAAAGUCCAGUUAUAGAUGUUGAAUCGUCUUUAAGUACCUCAGAAAAUGCACCAGCGAGAUCCACCUUAACUAGAGCAGGGAGUCCUGAACAAGACACAGCUGAUUCAAGAACUUCUGGAACUAUAAAGGGUGGGGGGAGGUCUUCAGACCUGGGGCUUUUCUUUGCCAAUGCUGAUGCAAGUCAUCUAGGAAGAGUUGGAGGAAACUACCAGACUGACACUUCAAGCAACAUCAUUGGCGAUAUAGAUCCCAUGGAUAUGUCAGAGAGUAUGCAAGAAGCAAUGCACCGUUCUAACUUGGAUAUGAGUGGUGCUGAGUAUGCCAGGAAAGAAGUUCCUCUUCACGUUUUACCGACCUCAUCUCUCGUGAAGCUCAAUUCACCUUUAAUGUCAUUCACCGAAUUGCAACGAGUAUUGUAUGAAGAGGAGCGAGCGGCUUAUAACCAAGCAAUCUUGCAAAAUAUGAGGGAUGGGAAAGUGCAUCCUCUUACUUUCAUACAUCACACAUCAAUGUACCAGUCUUCCAUGUGCAAAUUAAUCGAAUAUUGUUUGAGUCCUGCCAUAAGUGCACUGCAAUGUCGGUUAAGAGAGAAUGAAACUCGGUUAGCAGUGCUCACCGAUCAAGUGAAGAUUUUGGAAACUGAGGCGCAUAGAAUAGCCGAGACAAAUUCAGGAUCUCCUCGUCCGGUUUCAUCUCCUGUACUCCGUGGGAGUGCUCCGUUUGGUCACAGGGAAAUGUUUAGUCCAGCUGAAUCUGUCAGUGCAAGGAGUCCAGCUGGUUCUGGCAGUAGGAGCCGAAAAGGUUCGUAAUGCAAUCUCAGAGAAAAUCCUCUGGCGAAUGCAUACCGUGUAGUGUUUGGAUUUGCUUGAUAUGCUGUGUUGUUUUGCAAAAUCUAGUUAUGCCAAAACGGAUUGCGCCUUAUAUGCAAUGAAAUGUGUUUUGGAAAUUGCUGCUGCUGUUGAACUUUUGGGUAAAUAGGGGACAAUUGUCGUGCAAAUUCCACCUGUAUUUUGUAUCCAGAUAUAAUGAAAAUUUUCAAUGGAAAUCAGUCAUCGUUUUAUGGA